AUGGAUAUUUCAUGUCAGGAAGCUUAUUCAAUAGAUCAGCAUCAUCAGCAACAACAACAACAACAACUUCCAACACUAUAUGAUCCACAAAUACCCACAACAUCAUAUGAACAAUCUUCACUGCCAAACAUUCCGCAACCUCAUCAUCCAGCAGCGGGUUACUACGAUUCAUCAUUGCCACAUUAUCCUGCACCUCGUGUACCGUAUCCAACGGUAUCAACAUCAAAUAGUCCAAUGAGAAACCAAAUAAAAUGUGAGCCACAGCAGCAAUCACAGCCAUUACCACAGUCACAAUAUCCGGAACGAAUGAUAUCAACGGUUGACAAUCGGAAGAUAAUGAAUACUCAAGCUUGGAUGAACGAUCAUCGCUUUAUCAGCUAUCCUCAACAACAACAACAACAGUUUAGGACCGGAUCAGCGCCAUCAUCAAUAAUGUCAAUGUCUCGUAUGAGUCAUGUAAGUAGCGCAACGGAAGAUAUGAGUAUGCUAAGUGUCAACACACAAAUUACCGAACUUAUACAACUGGCUGAUUUGAGGGCUCAAAUGCAUACAUCAGCGCCAUCGUCCUCAUCCUCCUGCAUUGAAAAUAUGGGACCAGAUCAUAUUAAAUUUAUCGAAACUGUCAACAAAUAUAUCGAAAAAAUAACUGCUCAUGUGAAUAAUAAUGAUAAGAAAGUAGCACAAGAAAUGGUGCGCGCCGUAUUUAUGAUGGCAACAAGGAAUGAUUUUGAACGAGCUGAUGUUGAUAAGUUGGAAAAAAUGAUGAAAACUUUGAUACAGCGAUGGUUAAGACAAAAUGAUACCGAAGAUGAUAUAGUAGAAACAGUUUUACGGAUAAUGACACGAUUCUCUGCUGAUGGUAAAACGAAACAAAUCAUGUCAAGGUGGAUGGCACAUUAUCCGGACGAAUUGCUCGAAACAUUUGUACGAUGGAUGGAUCCGAUACAAAAAUCUUGUAAAUAUGCUCUAAAUAUCGUUCAUUCAUUGGUGGGAAUGGUGGAACGGCAUCGAUAUGGCAAAGAUAUUAAAGAACAAAUCCUCUCUCGUACUACACGCGUAAUGAAAGAAAUGGAUGAAAAGGGUGAUCAAUACUUCAUUAAUACCUAUAAGUCGAAACAAUACGUUUUUGAUCUUGUUCGACGUGUUUUUAAUGGUAGCGAUACAUGGAGGCAAUCAUUCGAAUCAAAAGGUGGCAUUCAACUCUUACUACGACUACUGAAGAAAGAGGGGAAUGAAUCAGUAGUGUACAGGAUAGUUCGGGCUAUUUUUGCUAUGGUUUGCUCAACUGAUCUUUCGUACGCUAAGAAAUUUGUUCACCUUGAUGGAGUCAAGACAAUAUCAUAUCUUUUGGCAAAUCCAAAUUGCUCCGAACGUGUUGCUCUUGAUGUAAUGCUUUGUUUACGUGUAGUUAGCGAUGUAGACGGUGUGAGAAAUGCAGAUUUACGCGAAACGAUUAGUCGAACGCUCAGCAUGAUGGGUGUUUUUCGUAAUAAUCCCUACUUCUUACAUGUUGGAUUCGAUUUUCUCGGGAAUAUAUCUGCAACAUGCGAUGGUAGCUCCAAUGCUAACAAGGACUUCAUCGCUGAUUGUGGUAUUAUUGAAGGAACGAUCAAUUUAUUGCAAGCAUAUUACAAAAGACGUGAUGAAACUGUGGUAAAAAAUUUAAUUUCUUCAAUGCUGUGGUCACUACAUGUUUUUACGGGUGGUUGUUCUUCACCGGAACGUAAUAUUAGUGUCAGAAAACGAUUGAUAACAUUUGAAGGAGCUCCAAGUUUACUUCUGCACGAACUUGCUCAUCCCGUUGAUCUUAGUUCACGUUUACACGUAAUGAGCCUGUUCGCACGAUUGGUAGAUGCAGAUCAAUUGAAUCAUCCUCCGAUACUGUUUAAUAUCAGUGUUGAUAAUAAUUCCUUAACCGAAGUCUUAUUCGAAAUUAUCGCUACAACUGCAAAUACUAUUGAAGUAUGA